UGCCUGGAGGGGCUGGUGUCUACAGCAUGAAGCAAGGACUGGUGGUCACUCAGCUGGAUGUCCAGCCUGGAGAGUGCAUCAAGGUCAAAGGGAAGAUUCUGUCGGAUGCUAAAGGGUUUGCUGUGAAUGUAGGGAAGGACAGCAGCACUCUCCUGCUGCAUUUCAACCCCCGUUUUGACUGCAAGGGGGAUGUCAACACUGUCGUGUGCAAUUCCAAGGAAGAUGGUGCCUGGGGCGAGGAGGACAGGAAGACUGACUUCCCCUUCCAGCACGGUGACAAGAUUGAGAUGUGCAUCUCCUUCGACGUGGGGGAGGCUACAGUGAAGCUGGCUGAGACGGAGUUUCAGUUCCCCAAUCGCCUGGGCAUGGAGAAAAUUGAAUACCUGGCUGUGGAGGGUGACUUUCAAGUCAAAGCCAUCAAGUUUAGUUAACUGCUGUGGCUUGUUUUGUUUUUUUUCCUGUCACCUCCCACACAAUGAAAUAAACCCAAACUGGCCAUGG